AUGCUCCGUGACUGCUUUCUACACCCCUCUCUCCUCGGUCCCUCCGUCCCUCCCUCCUGCUUCCCUCGACCCUCUGCCUCGUGCAUUCCUCCCCUAUCAUCCCUUCCUCCCCUAUCAUCCCUUCCUCCCCUAUCUCCCUUCCUCCCCUAUCAUCCCUUCCUCCCCUAUCAUCCCUUCCUCCCCUAUCAUCCCUUCCUCCCCUAUCAGCCCUUCCUCCCCUAUCAUCCCUUCCUCCCCUCUAUCAUCCCUUCCUCCCCUCUAUCAUCCCUUCCUCCCCUCUCUCACCCUUCCUCCCCUCUCUCACCCAUUCCUCCCCUCUCUCACCCAUUCCUCCCCUCUCUCACCCAUUCCUCCCCUCUCUCACCCAUUCCUCCCCUCUCUCACCCAUUCCUCCCCUCUCUCACCCAUUCCUCCCCUCUCUCACCCAUUCCUCCCCUCUCUCACCCAUUCCUCUCUCUCAUCUGUCCUCCCGUCUCUCAUCCCAUCCACCCCUCUCUCAUCCCUUUCUCCCCUCUCUCAUCCCUCCUCCCUCCCCUCUCAUCCCAUCCCCCCUCUCUCUCCCCUCCUCUCUCAUCCCUCCUCCCCCUCUCUCCUCCUCCCCCCCUCUCUCUUCCCCCCUCUCUCUCGCAUCUUGUCCCCCACUAUCCUCCUCUCUCCCCCCGUCCUCCUCUCUCCCUUUCUCCCCCGCUCUCCCCCUACCCCCCUCACUCAUCCCUGCCCUCCCUUCUCCCUUCUCUUCUCCUCAUGUCCCCGCCUCCUUUCCCUUAUUUCCCCUCUCCAAUCCAACCCCUCGUUCCCUUCCCUCCGCCCCCCCGUUUCUCCCUUUUCUUCCCCAUUGCUCUCGGUUUCCCCCAUUGUGUGCCUUCAUUUCCCCCACUGCUACCACUCCUCUUCCCCCCCCUUCUUCCCCUCCUUUUCUCCCCUGUUGCUUGUCCUCUGUUUUGCCUGUGCCUUUCAUCAAUCUUCCCCCUGCUUGCACCCUCUCAAUCCCCUGCGUUCCCUCCCUUCCCUGUUUCUAUAUUCCCACCUUCCCUCACGUGA